AUGUUUAUUGUGAUAGUUUUGAUUAUAAGAACAAUUCUGGCACAUCUUCAUCAAAAAGAAGUUGAAAAGACGACAACUAUAUUUGCAAUGAAAUUAUCAAAUGUUAAUUUCAUAUUACUUCGUGGGGGAAUAAGCGUGCAGAGUAAAGAAAUUGAUUUUAAUUCAGACAUCGAAGAAAUGCCAGUUAAUGAAGAAACCAAACAGACUUUUUGUGUUGGAAAUUCAUCGAAAAAUGUUGUUAAAAUUCAAUUCACAAUUUCUUCAAAAAACAACAAAUUAACAAUCAGAUUUGAUCCAGAAAUAGUUGUGUUGAAAAGUGGGUUUGCUUGCGAAUUUUCAAUAUAUUUAACACCACAGUGUACUUGUCAUAUCACUGAUACCAUUCAAAUUGUUUCUAAAAAUAUUAAAAACGGAAAAGAAUGUUAUAACUCAAUUACUAUCAAAGGAGUGACAAAACAAUCAACAAGACUUGAUUACGACGAGUUGAUAGAAGAGAAAAAACUUGGUGAAGGCUCUUAUGGUGUUGUGUUUAAAGGCACAUUCAGAGGAAACACAGUAGCCAUCAAAAAGAUGAAAAACAGUAAUGAUGAUAACAAAUUAAUGAAAGAGUUUGAGAAGGAAGUUGCAAUGUUAGACAAGUUCAGAAAUGAGUAUAUUGUUCACUUCUAUGGCGCUGUGUUUAUUCCAAGUCACAUUUGCAUGGUUUCUGAAUUUGCAGAAUAUGGGAGUUUACAGGACUUGAUAAAACACAAAAAGAGUGAUGACAUCGAUAUGAAGUUGCGUGUCAAAAUGCUGUUGGAUGCAGCAAAAGGGAUUUUGUAUUUACACACAAAUGGGAUAUUACACAGAGACAUCAAACCAGACAACAUUCUUGUCUUCUCAAUUGAACUGAACGAUGAUGUCAAUGCAAAAUUGACCGACUUUGGAAGUGCAAGAAACGUCAAUAUGAUGAUGACCAACAUGACAUUUACUAAAGGUAUUGGAACACCAGUCUAUAUGGCGUUUGAAAUAUUGAAUAAACAACACUACAAAAAACCAGCCGACGUGUUUUCAUUUGCAAUUACUAUGUACGAGACAAUUUCAUGGAUAGACCCAUAUUUACAAGAAAAAUUUAAGUUUCCAUGGAAAAUAGCCGAAUUCAUUUCGUCAGGAAAACGAUUGAAGCGAAUAGACUCGAUACCUGUUAAUUUGUUUAAUAUUAUAAACAACAGUUGGCAACAAGAAUACAAAUUGAAGUUGUCGUGGAAACAAUUAAAACGUACUUUGAUGAUAAUUGAUUGUUUUGUGUUAGUUAAAGAUAAUUACUACAGUAAGACCUCGAUUAUUUCCAAACCUUGA